AUGCUCAACGCCGUCGGUGGGCCCGGCCGCGUCUUACCUAACCACAUCGCUGACAAGGUCGGCGUCAUAAACAUGCUCAUCCCUAGCUGCCUCAUCGCCGCCGUCAUCGUCUUUGGUUGGAUUGGGGUUUCAAGCCCCGCAGGUCUCUACGUCUGGACUGCGUUUUACGGCUUGGCCGGUGGGGCCAUUCAAGGUCUUUUCCCUGCCGGGCUCAGUUCCCUCAUUGACGACCCCAGAAAGCGAGGCACCCGUAUCGGCAUGAUCUUUACCGUCGUCAGCUUCGCCACCUUGACCGGACCGCCCAUUGCAGGCGCCCUUAUCCAAGCUGCCGACGGCAGCUAUGUAGGGGCUCAGUGCUUCGCCGGCGCCUGUUUAUUGAUAGGCAUGUGUUUCAUGAUCGCUGCCAAAGUAGCGAGGUCUCGAAAGACUGGCGGUGAUUGGAAAGAAAAGAUAUGA